CCUAUCUGAUACUUGUGAUCCAUAGAUAACGAGCUACUAGAAGCCUUUGAUGACUUUUUUCUAUGAGUGAAAUCUUAUUAGGUAAAGUCAUUGAUAAGGACUUAGAGAUUUGAUCUUUGAAAUAACACCUGAGAGGGAAAAAUGGUAACUAUACCAGAAUGCGAAGGGCUUUUCGAACCUCUUCUUCUCAUUCUCGAAGACAACAUGGCGGCGAGUGAUGAUCAAGUCGAUGCUUACCUUAGAAUGACAGAGCGCUUAAGAGAGGAGGAAGAUGUAUUUGUCAGGGAGCUGCUUAAUCUUAUUGAAAGAGUUAUCGUGAUCUUUCGGAGAGAUAUUCAGUCUGAUAAGUCAGAUCUGUGUCAAGCAUCACUUCAAGCACUGGGUCACUGUCUCUAUCAAGAGCAAAUAGCCAGUUCAAUUUGCCUGUCAGAUGGUCAAGUUCUCAUUCAAGGUCUUCUGUCACAAAUAAAGGAGUCUGAAGACAAAGGAAUUUGUACUCGAGCAUUAUGGUGCCUUGCAAAACAGAAUUUGGAUAGUGCGAUAAUAAACACUAAGUUGGAAUCCAUUCUUAUUACCUUGGAAUCAGUCAUCACAAAGGAUCUCCAAUCUGUGACUGUGGAUCAUGAAGCUCUUUGCGUGAUUGACAGGCUUCUACAACAGCUUCCAAAGAAUGAAAUGAUCAAGACAGUUGACACUUGGGCAAAGCUGGUGUUUCCUCUGCUUGUUAGCUCAGCUAUCAAGGUGUGCGAAAGGGCAUUAGUGGUGAUGUAUGCUGGAUUGGAGCACUUGAUGUUGUCCCAAGAUAGAGUUAUAAAAAUUCUUGUUCCACUUCUGAAAGGAAGCUUGUUGAAAGAGUUUCCUAAAAUGUGUUCAGAAAAUAAAGGAUUAUUUGUGCUCAAGUGUUGGUGCUGCAUUGUCCAAAUUCUCGGAGAGACCUUGCAUAGAGGGGGCAGUUUGAUUAAUGACUUACUAAAGCUUGUUGAGCAGGGAUUUCGAGAUCCAUCAGAUGAAGUUCAGGUUAUGUCCUUUUCUGCUUGGAAUAUCCUCAUUGACAACUUUGCCCUCUCAUCAGGUGUCAUCAGCAGCCCUAAGAGGGUCAAGCUUAUUUUGACUCCAUUAAGGAACCUUGCUGUCAAGGAGAGAAGUGAAACAGUUGAAGCUGCCAGACUUUCCACUUGGUGGCAUUUUGUUUGUUCAUUGGGUCCAAAAGUUCAAGAAUUGUUUGAUCAGGUUUGCACCCCACUUCUUCAGUUUGUCUUUGGCACAGCCAUUGAUCAAGUCAGCUCAUUGAAGACAAAGGAAGGGCUCAGUGAACUCAAAUGCCCUCCAACACCGACAAACAACAAACUCUUGUCAGAUAUGAUGGCAGAAACACCCAAAUCAAGUAUUCGCAGAUCUCUGAAAGACAUGGGAACUCCAAGAACACCAACGGUGUUGAAUGCAAGUUUUGCCAAACCAGCAAAACAAAAGCUUUUAGGACAAGGGUGUGAGAUAUUGAUGGAAUUGCUGAAGACAGAGGACACAUGCUUCAGUACAAAUCCUGAUUUUAUUGUUUCACUUGCUGAGAGAUUGCAGAUGGUAACUUUCAAGAAGCCAGAGGAGUUUAAGAAACAUGCUCCCCUACUGACAAGUGCUGUGAGGGAAGCCUUCAAAGCUCUUGGUAAAGACCUUACAGAACCUUUGGGUGUCAAAGUGUGGAACCUGCUUGUCAAAAGAAUUGAGAAAGUCGUAGAGAAAGGUCCAUUGUCAGAGUGUGGAGAAUUUUUACUUCCACUUCUUGCUGUUAUGCAGGAGUUGGUGGACAGUUCUCUUAUGGCAUCUUCUUUGGUGCUUAAAAUGCUUGAAGCUUUAUCCAAGCUGCCUGCUGAAGUUUUGAGCCAUCACAUGGCAUCACUUCAUUCAAGAGACAAUCCACAAGGCUCACCGGCCCUUCUUCUUAUUCAACUUUUAUUCACUCCACAAUUACUGGAAAGCAUCUGGCAGGAGGAGAGAUUUCAUUUGGCAUUUGAACAUCUUGUUGAUUGUGGAAUGAUAGCAGCCUCCGGACAGUUGUUCUUUUUGCAGACUGUUUUAAAUCUCCUUAAAAAAGGAACAAGUGCUGUCACAGGUAAAGAAACUCUUUGGAGGCUGUGGAGCUGUGUUGUUAAUCACCUGAGUGAACACAUUCAAAAGACAAAUGAUGUCAAUCAAGGAGAUGCCUUGGAACAUGACUUCAGUACUCUGUACUUGGCACUAAUAUUUCCAGUGAAACAUCUUUUGGAUACAAAUUUGCCACAGGCUCUCAGCAAAGAGGUGGGCAAAGCUUUGGUCCAGCUGUACCGUUCCUUUUCUCGGGCUGCUGCUCUUGUGCCUACAGCUGAAGCCAACAUUUGCUGUGAAGAGUUAUGCUCAAAGAUUCUUUCAGCAGAGGGCGACUGGAAAUCUAAGGACAUAGUUUUUGUUGACUCAAUGGUCAGUCUCAUUGUGGUGGCUAUAGAGUGCCUUGAUUUCUCAACUCCAAGUUUGUUCGCCUUGGCAACCACAGCAUCAGGAAAAUCACCCAACACUCCCCCUACUAAAUGGAAUAAAAGACUCCAACGGCCCAUGCGUAAUAUGACCAGCAUGGUUAGUGUGGUAUCCAAGUUACUGUCUGCAUGCGAAAGAACAAGGAAUAGUAAGGAUUCAACCCAGAAUCUUGGCAUUCUGACAGCAAUUCUCACCAACUUGAUAGACAAGCUGUCUUACCUGUUUGUUCACAUCAGUGGAGCUGCGACCAUAACUGCUGUUCUGAAGACACUAACCCCUACUCUUGUGCACUACAUAGAGAAUGCGCACACAAGUACGAAAAGCUCUUUGAACACCGAAAGCUCUUUGGACAAGAGGCUGUUUUCAGCAAGAGUUAUUCAAAAGAUCGAGAAGCUGUGGUCUGACAUUCUCACCUGCCUUCAGAGCCGUCAUGGUGGACCGUAUAACUCCGACCUGUUAUCAGUCAUGUCUCCUCUUUUGCAAGUGACGUUAGGUCAUCCAAAAAGGAGUAUCAAGAACCACGCUGUCAUUUUCUGGAAUGCUACUUUUGCUCACUCGAAAACUUUGGAGUAUCCUGAAACCUUGAGACCGGUUCUUCAGAUUGCCAGAGAUAAAAUGUCACUCACACUGCCAGGCUGGGAAAAUAUUAAGAUUUCAGACAAAGAUGCACAUUCGGAUCUUGAAUCUGAAGAACUAACCCAGAACGCAAACCUUAUGAAACCGUUGCCAUAUGGCAUCCUAGGCUCUCCUCAGCGCCGUAAGCAUACGUCAGUUUCAGGAGGGUCCCCACAGUUGAAGGGCAGUUUCUUACACAAGGCCUUAAGUAUCGAGAAAGUGCUGGAAAAUGCUUCACCUAAAAGAAUAAGUCGGUCUCCAAAAGUUGGACGCCCUAGAAAUUCCCCAGCCAAUACGCAUGUUAGGAGGAAAUUACCGCUGUCCAAGUUUGACGACGAUGACCAGGAAUACGUCAUGAUUGCUCCUUCUCCGAAAAAGAAGCGCGUGCUUACUGAACAUCAAAAAGAAAUUUUGCGGAGUAGAGGCGAUGUUCCUACCCUUUACAAUGCGCUUGACCAAUCACAAGAUUGCUCACAAUUUUCACAAUUCACGCUUGCGUCACAUGGCGAUGUCACCGUUGACACAACUCCGACCAGUUCACCAGAAGAAGAAGGAAAACCUCAGUUGUCUGAUAGCGAGAAAGAAUUGAAUUGUCGAAACGAGAAAGAGCUCCAAGGUGACUCAAAUGUGCCAGAUACAGAGAAAAGCAAGAGCAAAAACGAAAGCAUAAACGAGGCCAUUGAAAGGAGAAUAACGGAAAGCAACGUUGGGGAAAUGGUGGAUAGUGACAAAGAUUUGAAAGAAAAUGAAGCAGAAAUGGAAGACAGAGACAGAGGGGUUGAAGUAGAAGAAUGUGACUUUUUCGGAGUAGUGGAAUCUUCCCAAAAUGAAGAUAGAAAACUUUGCCACAAAGCAGAGCCAACUGUAAGUGAUGAGGUAGACACCGAUGACGAAAUGAUUUCCGGUGAUGGCGAUGAGGAGGUGACGUCACCUGACGUCAUACCGUCAUCGCAAACGCCAAGCUUUGAAUCCCCAUUCCAGUCCCUUAGACGAAUCACAGUCCCGCUCGACUCCAUUCUGGCGGGUUCAGUUCAAACUCGGACAAAUAAUCAAAGAAAGUUAAAAAGAGAGCAGAACGAUGUAGAGAAUUCUGAUGGUAAAGACGUAGAAACGGUAUCGGAAACGCAAGUAGAGAGUGAUGUUCUGGAUGACGACAAAGUUAGCAGUUGUGAUUCACCGAUGAAAGGUGAAAAACAACUAAUAAUUAAGACGAAAGUUUCGCCAGUUGCCGGGCGAACGAGAAGAAAACUUCAACGGAAGAUCGAAAUGACGCACAAGCUCGAAAAACCACAAGAAGAGCCCACAGAGCAAGAGGUCAGCAGGAUUAUGCUCAGUAGUAAACAACUGGCAGAGACCGGAAAGCUGAGCGACCAAACACCCUCAGAGGAAGCCACUGAACCAUUUGUCGCAGGCGUAACGAGGGAUGAAACCUUGUCUCCAGUCUUCAGCGCUAAAAGCAAGUUCCUCCGUCCAUUUGCAGCAGGGGGUAGUCCUUGUCGAUCGAAUCUCCUCGGAAGAAAUUCCCCGGGAGUUUCCCCCACAACUGGUAUUUUAAAGAGAUACCAUGGGAACAAGCAAGGAGUUGACUCGCCCUCCCCUCCCGGGAAGGUCAGAAGAGUGUCGUUUGCGCUGCCUGAAAAACAUGACGGUAGUGAAGACUUGCAAGAAGAAUCCGCUGAACCAAGUACUAACGCUGCACAACUUAAAACUUCACGCUCUUCUCCGUUUACUGCUGUUAAGCAGCGACGACCUUUACCGGCGAGCAACGCCCCUGUUGCCCAGGACUCGACGGACUGCGUCUUCCCGGAUCUUAUCUCCUGCACAGUGCCAGUUGAACAGAUCCUUCCCUCCAUUCUCACCAUGUCUUGGUCACGUGGUAUGGGUCACUUGGUGCGUGCGCAAAAUAUUCACACCAUUGGAAACUUGUCAGCUUUGAAAGAGGAACAGGUAAGAAACCUUCCCAUCAAGUCACCCAAAGUGCCAACAUUGAAGAAAGCUUUAAGAAGAUUCCAUCAAAGUCAAAAAGGGAGAAAUUCCAAAUCUAUUAUGACGAAGUUAACACCAGAAGCUACGCACAAGGAAGACAGUGAAAACAAAGAAGCAACAGAGGAUGCAGCCACCUCUGAAUGUACACAGCUCCCAGGCGAGGCUGAUUUGGUGAUUGAGCCAGUAGGAGGUGAGGAUCCUCCGAGUUCCGGUGGCGCAGAAGGUCAACAAACGGCUGCGGAGUCUAGGAUAGAAGGAAUCAAACCCAGUGAAGAAUGUUUGUCAAGUAAACCUGAUCCAACGUUGGUUGUUGAAACCGCAGAUAUGGCGUCCGAUGCGAGGUCGAAAGGAAGCGAGGCGGAAAUUGUCUUUGUCGAUGAUGAUAAAAUGACUGAUCUGCCUACUGUUGAAGCUCGAGGAGAUAAGAUGGGGAUGGAAGCGGGAGGUAUGGGGCCUUAUCGUCCUGCGCAUGGCUCUGACGUUAUCGAAGGGACCGCUGACAUGCAGGGUGAUUCAGGAGAUGAAGGGAACAUAGACAUUAAGGGAACCGAACUUACAGAAGCGGCUGUGUUGGCUCAGGAAAGUCCUGAACAUCCUUCUGCUUCCACGACAUCUAUCGAAGGAGGCAGUGAUAAGGAGAGGUUUUGUAACUGUUUAAGUUCCCUUAAAGAUCUCGCAUUACCUGACGUUUUACAGACAUUGUCAAGUGAGGAGAUUUUUGAGGCGCACCACAGCCUGACGGAAAUCAUCUCGGUUGUAGUGCAGGCUUUGAAAGGGCGUUGGCAAUCACCAAGAUCAAAAAAACAAGCUUUUCAAGACGUGCAAUAAGGAUGAUAAACUUGAAUCUUUCGGUAGCCGGUCAAGGAGUAGAAAGCGAAAUGUGCGUAGAGUUGGAAAUUAGAAGCAGGUGGUGUUUUACGAAGGGUUUCAUACUUCUGUUUGAAAGAGUUUUUAAAAUGAAGAAUUGCGUAGAUCUUGAUCGAUUUCAAAUCCACCUAUAUUAAGAACUAUCUUGGAAAAAAAUUUCUUCUUUUUGUUCAUCAGAAGUUAUUAUUUUUUAACACCAGUACAGAAGCACAUGUCAAUUAUUUUAUAUUCGCAAAACUUCUCAAAAUUGUUAAUUUCGAUUUUAAGUACGUGUUUCCAUAAAUUUUGGGGUUGUCUCAAGGCUA